CUCACGAACACGAACAGCAGCCCCGAGAACAACCGAGAACGAGAAAGGAAGGAGGAUCUUCCGUUCCGUUCCGGCAUAAUAGUCGUGUGUCGCGUGUCGCGUCCGGUUUCUCUUCUUCCUCGAGCAAAGAAUUUCUAGAAAAGAAUCUUGUCGAGUUCUGGAAAUCGCGAAACCGCGUUCAGUGCAUCAUGGAUGAGGAAUACGACGCUAUAGUGCUGGGCACCGGCCUCAAGGAGUGCAUCCUCUCGGGAAUGCUCUCUGUCAGCGGAAAAAAGGUGCUCCACGUCGACCGCAACAAGUAUUAUGGAGGUGAAUCCGCCUCCAUCACGCCCCUGGAGGACCUCUUCAGUAAAUUCAAGGCCCCACCGCCAGACGAGAGUUAUGGUCGAGGCCGUGACUGGAAUGUAGACCUAAUUCCCAAGUUUUUGAUGGCAAAUGGAAUCCUCGUGAAACUUCUGAUCCACACAGGAGUCACGCGAUACCUGGAGUUUAAGUCGAUCGAAGGCUCCUAUGUCUACAAGUCCGGAAAGAUUUCCAAAGUGCCAAUAGAUCAAUCGGAGGCCUUGUCCAGCGACUUGAUGGGCAUGUUCGAGAAGAGGCGCUUCAAAAAUUUUCUCACUUGGGUCCAGAAUAUGCAAGAAGAUGACCCCAAGAGUUGGGACGGCUUCGAUCCGUUCAGCAACAGCAUGAGCGCUCUCUACAACAAGUUUAGUCUCGACAAGAACACCCAGGACUUUACGGGGCAUGCCCUCGCCCUCUACAGGGACGAUGAGUAUAUUGGCCAAAGUGCAAUAAACACAGUCCGUAAGAUAAAACUUUACAGUGAUAGUUUAGCUCGCUAUGGAAAAUCGCCGUAUCUUUAUCCGAUGUAUGGCCUCGGUGAACUUCCUCAAGGAUUCGCACGCCUUAGUGCUAUUUAUGGAGGAACAUACAUGCUGGACAAACCGAUCGACGAGAUCGUUUUUGAAGAUGGCAAGGUGAUUGGUGUUCGUUCCGGAGAGGAAAUUGCAAAGUGCAAGCAAGUUUUCUGUGAUCCCACCUACGUGCCUGAUCGUGUGAAGAAAACUGGUCAGGUCAUUAGGUGUAUUUGCCUCAUGGAUCACCCGAUAUCAAACACGGGAGACGCUUUGUCCACGCAAAUUAUCAUUCCUCAAAAACAGGUUGGACGUCAUUCCGACAUUUACGUGUCCGUCGUCUCCUACACGCACCAGGUGGCUGCCAAAGGAUGGUUCAUUGCUAUGGUUUCAACCACAGUUGAAACGAACAAUCCGGAACUCGAAAUCAAGCCGGGUAUCGACCUCCUCGGUCCAAUCAAGCAGAAAUUCAUCUCAAUUUCUGACUACCUCGUCCCCACCGACGACGGCACCCAGAGCCAACUUUUCGUCUCGACGAGUUACGACGCGACGACGCACUUUGAAACCACCUGUCUCGACGUCCUCGACAUUUUUAAACGCGCCACCGGCGAGGAGUUUGACGUGAAUAAAGUCAAGCACGAGCUCGGUGACGAGGAGCAGUAACUAUCAAUUGGCCGGGCUAUCCGCGGUCCCGGAACUUGUUUCUUCGAGGAUUUGCCGCCGAUGGAUUCUGAGAUAUUCGCAGAGAAAGAGAGAGGGAUAGGAAAAUUUUUUAGGGAAUAUUUCUAAAUAAGUUACGCGAUAAGUGGAGACAAAUGGGGCGAUUGCAUUUAACGAACAAAGGGAUAAAAGGAAGAGGAUAAAGAAAAAGAAAAAUGGUCAAAUAUUUGCAGAAAAAAAAAAGAGAAAAGAACUUGGAGAAAGUGGAAAAUUCGUAAAUUCAGGAUUUCCAAUUCUUACUGAUACGGCAUACUGAAUGACAUAAAAGAAAGUACAAGGGUUGACGCGCAUCUCAGCGAAGAUAUUACAAAUGUACCAUAUUUUAACUAACGAAAUGUUACACUGGUUAUAAAUACUGUAAACGAAUUGUCUAUUAUAAGUGUGAUCGAUGCGAGAGAAAGAUAACUAAUUACGUGGUAACUUGGGGGGGUGGGGGGGGGGAUGCUGAACUACGCCUCCCAAGUUUGAAAAAAUAAUUCCUACGUUCGUAAAAAAAAACUUGACGGCAGACCUUUAGCAAUAAUAUGGUUUGCAUUAUUGUCAUAUGUAGUAGUAUAGAUAUGCCGGUUUUGGAUCACUUACCGACCGAGCAAGCUUCAAUACCGAGUUAUCGACCCUAUUAUUCUCAGUCGGUAAUACAGAUUUCUACGAUAUCUUGAAAUCUCGAUCGGUAACUUGGCCAGUAUCGGCACAGCUUUACUACUAGUAGCAUUAUUCAUUAUUAUUAUUAUCAUUGUGUAAAAUCUGCAAAGAUAUACAAGAAUUGAGAAGGUAUUGUAAUACGGGAAAUCUAGAUUUAGGGGAGAGUACGUUGAGACAGACGUAUUUUGAAGCACGUGGCGAAAACAGGGGUAGGAAGUGCAUAAAUCGCUACUAUAAUUAUUCGGUAUUUUAACAAGAUUUACGAAAAGUUUGGUGUCGUGGAAAUUUUGAAUUAGAAGAAGAGAAUUUGUGAGCUUGGGAAAUAUAAAUUUUCUUUGCUAACCGUGAAUAAUAAUGUGUCGUGAUGAUUGUCUCAUUAAUUCGUUCCUGUAAGGACACUUGUCUAAUUUUACCGAGGGAUUUUUCAGAUUUUUCGUAUUUCGCGAAUUUUCGUCUUUCGUUGUGCUUCCACGCUCUUUUGCAUCACAGCGCUACAGUUUCUUAAAAGACACGCAAAUCCACAUAACGUACAAUCUCACAAAUUAUUACUAAAUGUUUCGCCCAGCGAAACACUCUCAGUAUGUUGCGAUUACUGUAAUAGGAGAUGUAAGGAAUAAAAACAUAUUGUGCUACUUUCUCUCUUA